AUGAGAAAAACAUUUGAUGCCUAUUCAAAUCGUACUCGUGGUAUUAUUAAAUGCCCGAAUCAAGAAUGUUCUUGGAUUAUCGAAGCUGAAGAUCCAAAUGAACGUUUUAGAUUUAUUUCAAUACAACGUAAUCGUUAUUCAACAAUGAGAGCUGAACAAGAUUCAGCAUAUGCAGCUCAAUUAGCUGAUUUUAAUCGUAAAAAUACAGAAAAUGAAAAUCGUAAUCGUGAUUUACGUCAUCGUUAUGAAGAAUUAAUGCAUGAUGAAAAAUAUAAAUAG